AUGGAUAGACUUCCGAUCGAGUCGGAGAAGUCCGAGACCGAUUCCCAACCGGGCACCGAUCCGGUCAGCAGACAGGAGUCUAUCGCGGAGCCUACCAUAUCUCGUAUACGCUCAUCUGUCGCUCGUGUACGAUCAAAUAAUGGUCACGGAUGCGCCGACCUGGAAGAAGACGACUCGACUGAUGAUACACUCACACCUGACCAGCGUCAGAUUGAAAAGGAUCCCUUCGAGGUAUCUUGGGACGGCGAUCAUGAUCCUUUCUGUCCCCGGAGCAUGACUAUAGUCCGCAAAUGGCUGACUGUAAUAACUGUUGGUAUGGGAAGUCUUUGUGUGACCUGUGCGAGUUCUAUUUACGCGUCAACGUAUGGUCAAAUGAACCCGGAGUUCCACGUAUCGAGUAUUGUUGGUACCCUCGGUCUAUCACUCUUCGUUCUCGGUAUUGCCCUUGGUCCCCUUCUCAUGAGCCCAUUGAGUGAGUUCGUAGGGAGGCGGCCGAUUUAUAUUGCCUCAUGGGCUAUGUUUCUGAUAUGGUUAAUACCAAGUGCCGUGGCACGUAAUAUGGCGACCAUGCUAGUGGCACGGUUUAUCGACGGGUUUGCUGGAAGCUCAUUCCUUAGCGUCGCUGGUGGCACGGUCAGCGAUAUGUUCAGACGAGAUCAGAUCCAGGCGCCAAUGGUUAUUGUAUCUUUAAGUCCCUUUAUCGGUCCUAGCUUAGGUCCUCUACUCGGUGGAUUUAUCAACUACAACACAACUUGGAGGUGGACGUACUACGCAAUGAUCAUCUGGGCCUUCUUUGAGUUGGCCAUGAUUCUUAUUUUCGCACCAGAGACAUAUCAUCCCAUUAGACUCCGCGAGAAAGCUAAAAAACUAAGAAAAGAGACCGGCGACGAUCGAUGGAAGUCACCGAUGGAGAAAUCGACCAAGUCCGUAGCAGUGACCAUUGGACAUUCCCUCCUACGACCAUUUGAGUUACUGAUAUUUGAGCCAAUGUGUCUAUUGCUCUGCCUAUUUUCUGCCAUCUUGUUGGGAGUCCUAUACCUGUUCUUCGGGGCGUUCCCCCUAGUCUUUGGUAAUACUUACGGUUUCAAUCUUUGGCAAACCGGUCUGAGCUUCCUCGGAAUCUUUACAGGAAUGAUCAUCGCAGCUGCAAGUGACCCCAUAUGGCGGCGUGUUAACCAGCGGCUUUUGGACGAAAAUGACGGCAUCCCUGAACCUGAAUUCCGACUGCCACCAGCAAUUGCAGGUGCCGUCAUGGUUCCUAUUGGGCUUUUCAUAUUUGCUUGGACCGCAUAUCCUUGGGUCCAUUGGAUGGGACCUAUCAUUGGAUCUGCUAUAUUUGGUUUAGGUACACUCUUGGUAUUUACCGGAAUAUUCACCUUCCUUGUGGAUGCGUACCCACGCUACGCUGCUUCGGCCCUUGCUGCCAACAGCUUCGCUAGGUGUACUUUUGCUGCCGCAUUUCCCCUUUUCGGAAUACAGAUGUAUAAUAAACUUGGUUACCAAUGGGGAUCUAGCUUGUUAGCAUUCCUUACAGUGGCGAUGAUGCCUUUUCCGUACCUGUUCUUCCGAUAUGGAAAGCAGAUCCGAAAGACAAGCAGGUUUGCUAGUUAA